AUGUCCGACUUCCCCAAGCUCACCCCUGCCUUCACCGUCAAAAUCCACCUUGGCAACCCAUCUCCCAUCGGGGUUCUCGCCCAAGGAGUCUCACAGCUCCACGCCCCCUUCAUCCCGGACUCCGGCGCCCUCGUCUCCGAACCUUCGUAUCCACUGAAAAUCGAUGCUGUCUUCCUCCACGGGUCGGAUUACCUUCGGUUCGAUCCUGACGGGGGACACGCUCGUCUCGAAGUCUCGAGCGCGCUCCGCGACAAAGCCUCCGGCGCCGUCAUUCGGUUCGACUACUCGGGCACGGUUGAUACUUCAGGCGCCUCCGGGAAAGUGCUGAAGGGCCUCGAAGGAGCUGCGACGACAGAUUAUGGUGAAAUCUUCACGCAUGCCAAGUUUGAGACUGGCCACGAGGCGCUGAAGGAACUUCAGAACAAGGUCUAUGUUGGAUCCGGGCGGUUCAUCCUCGAAGAUGGCAAGCCCAUUGUAGUUGAAUAUAAGAUCAGCGAGGUUGUCCUGUAG